AGAAACCACGUGGAGGGCACAACAAUUGAUCCAGAUUGGCGCUGCCUCUCGUGGAGAGCACGAGGUGUUGAAUGGCAGCGAUGAAAGCCACAGGAAACUCAGAAACCCUAGAAUUGAUGUGAGAGAGUUAUGAUGGAUCAGUGGAAGGCUGAUGAUUUCACGCAAUCAGUUGCACCAGAGUUAGCCCCUCCCAAUCCUCUUUCGUUGCCCUCCUCCAAUAAUCGGUUGCCGGAAGCCAGACAAAGAACUGAAGUGGAAGUAAAGGAUUCAAUUGCAGCAAGAAAAGUUCAGAAGGCAGACCGUGAAAAGUUAAGGAGGGACAGACUGAAUGAGCAUUUUCUUGAGUUGGGAAACACAUUAGACCCAGAUAGGCCCAAGAAUGACAAGGCAACCAUCCUUGCAGAUACAAUUCAAAUGCUGAAGGAUUUGACUGCUGAAGUCAACAGACUAAAAGUUGAGUGUGCUGCACUUUCUGAAGAAUCUCGUGAGCUAGUGCAGGAGAAGAAUGAACUAAGAGAAGAAAAGGUAGCUCUAAAGUCUGAUAUUGACAAUCUUAAUGUUCAAUAUCAGCAAAGGCUCAGGGUUAUGUUUCCAUGGGCUCCAAUGGAUCCUUCUGUUGUCAUGGGUCCUUCACCCUAUUCUUAUCCAGUUCCUGUGCCUGUUCCUUCUGGUCCAAUUCCCAUGCAUCCAUCUCUACAGCCAUUUCCUUUCUUUGGAAAUCAGAAUCCUAGUGGAAUCCCCAAUCCAUGUUCAACUUUUAUUCCAUAUCAAACUCCUGCUAAUCCUCCUACUGAAGUUCCAUCUGCCCAAUAUGCAUCUGCUUCUCAUGUGUCAAGCAAACCAGAUUCCAAAAGCAAGUCAUCAGAUCGUGAAAGGAGCAGCAACACUGAAAAAUGUGAUGAAUCUAAUGAUGUGGCAACAGACCUUGAACUAAAGACACCUGGAUCAUCAUCACAACAGGAUUUGCUGACAGGGGAAAAGAAGGGCAAACAAUCACAAAGGAAGGAAAGAAGUGCUACAGAUGGAAGCUGUUCAAGCAAGUAUUCUUCUUCUCAAGGUCUCCAGGACAGCUCCUCCAACAGUGUGGGUGACCUCCCAAAAUCUGAUAAGUAAUUUCUGGUUGAAUGUGCCAUGGACCAUCUCCAACUGCUAACCUCUCAAGGUAGCAUUUGAUUUGUUGUGACAAACUGGUACUAGCACUCUGGAUUUGGGUACAACUGCCCUAAAUUCCAAUGUCCCUCCUAAUGGGGUCUCUACUAUAGAAGAGAGGAGAUUGUUGUGCUACUAAGGGAUAAAAGGGAAAUACGUUGCUACUUGGUUUAUCUUGGCAUCAAGGAGGACUAGGGCAGAUGGUGUUCCCCGUUUUGAUUGGAACUGAAUAGAAACAAAAUAUCUUCAGUCUGCCUUCACCCCCCUAUAAGGUUGAGAGACUGCUAGUUGAAAAUUACAAUAGUUGGUCAGGUUGGAUUCAUCCAUUUGUAAAUUAUGUAUGUCGAAGGUGCCCAGCUCUCUAACACGUAAAACUUAUCAGUUGUAAAUUUCUUGGUUCAGUUGACAAUGCCCACGGUCGUUUACCUCUCAUGAA